UCAGUGUUUUGGGGAAAUACCAUAAACAAACAGUCUUUCUUGUCAACUUGAACGCAUUUACCCCUUUCGUUUUCGGUUAUUGUGUCCUAGAAACACACAUUUAACACAGUCUCUUUUGUAGCCACAGUUCUUGAGUUAUUGUUUGAAGCUACUGGACUCCAGUCUCGGUGUUUGUACCCGGGAGGAGAAGAUAUUCGUGCUAAUUGCCCGGCUGCAGCUGUACGGCUUUGAGAAGAGACGAUGUCUGAUUUCAUUCUGGUGGUCCUGUUAGUCGUGCUCCUGGUGUGUUUGAUUGGGACAAUUGGUGCCUUAAUCGUUUACUCCGGACUACUGUGUGAUGUGAUUAUAAAGACUGGGCCACCUCCUGUCAAAAAUGUUACUAUUGCUUAUAAGUUCAACGAGGGAUCAUACAAGGACUGCGGUGCAGCCUACACCGAGUGCUGCAGCAUUGGGCCGAAGCUGAGCACCGUGGGGGUCUUCUACGAUGACCCAAAACAGAGGCCAGCAGAGAAAUGUCGCUACGUGGUGGGCAGUGUCCUGUGUGAGGGUGAAGAGAAGCCGGAUGAAGAACUGCAGAAGUUGUACGAGAAGUAUGGCUUCAAGCUGUUCUCUCUGCCUGAAGUGAGCCAUGCUGUGACCACCAGCUUCCCCUGCUGCAGCCCUCUGUCUCACGUGGUGGGACCUUACAGGGUCUACCCCAGGCUCACUUCCUACAUCGAGGAGAGGAAGCUGUGUGCAUUCCCAACUAUAGAGAUCUGUGGCUCAGAUGUCAUCAACUACAUGGUCCCACUGUCCCGCCAGACAGACUUCUUUGUUCCAGAGAUGAAGGAGGAGGUUAAAGCAGAUGUUAAAGAAGAGGACUCUGAUGAAGACAGAGGAACUGACAUCACAGGUGCAGACUCCCACAGUGAUGUGAGUUCAGUCAGCAGCGGUGUGCCCUGGGACAGCAGAGAGACGUCGCUGGCUGCCUCCACAGCCGCCUCCCUGGUAUCUUCCCUGCCUCUGAGGGACGUAAUGGACGCCAAUGAUGACAUUAAGCACAGGGACGACAGCGAGAGAGGCUCGAACGAGUCUGUGGGCAGCGGCUCGUCCUUUGAAGAGCUUGACAUGGAUCAGGAGGAGCAGGAGGUGGGAGGAGAGAGGGAGGAGAAGGUAGAGGCGGGGGUCCCUGAGGGUGAAGAUGGAGCGAGAGAAGCAGUUGAACUGGUGGCUGAGAAGAAGGAGCCCUUGGGGGAUGGCGAGGAUGCUGAAGAGAUAAGAGAAGAUGCCGUGUAACGCUAGAGAGUUUCUCAGUUCUUGCUGGUUAUCUGUCAUGUAAUCUUGUUGGUGGAUCUAAAGCUGUUCAUGCCAUGACCAACAUGCCAUAUUUCUGCGCCUUUAAUUCUCUUUCUGAUGCCUGUACUUUUUGUUAUAUUAUAAUCUCUUCUUCUUCUCUUUUUAUCCUCGAUCCUAUAUAUGAACUAAAACAGAGAGCCCCAUUUGUUGAAGUCUUUUUAAGUAAACCCACAUGUCUCAAAUGAAAUGCAAAGUUCAUUUAACCCUGUCUUUCUUUCAGGCCAUAAUCCGGUGUGAAUCCCCUCUAUUCCCGAUCAGAUACAAAGUGAAAAUAGAGUUUAUUAUUAACAUAAAAGGAAGGAUGCUGAUGAACUGGAUCAUCAAACAGCAAAUGUUCCCCGUGUAUGACUGUUGAUAUUGUACCCCACUUUCAAGGUCUUGUCCUAAAGAGUUUUGUCGUAACUUGUUGGUGGGUUACCCACUUUUGGUGUUUUGAUAUACAGUAACUGUGGGGUGAAAAUGUGCAGAUUUCUGAUGGACCUAUGUCAGUGUGUUCUUUUUUUUCCUAAUAUGGAGAAUAUCUUUCACACAGGGGGAAAUUCUGAAGACCAAAGCAUACAAACUUUUAUCAACACCAAUAACAUCACCGAAGCCUCAAAGUCACCAAGCCUAGGAUUUUAAAAUGCAAUUUAGAGAUGCAAACUUUUCCCUUUGGAUACUGUACAGAACAUUUUAUUGUCACCCUAUGCUCAGAUAAUUGCUUUUAACAUAUUGUUCUCUUCUAUAGUCGGUCUGUUGAACCACUUUACAGUUCUGUUGUAGCCAAAAUGCACUCUCUUCCAGGGACUAGUUGUGAUUUGUUUGUAGGUUGUUGGUGCUGAGACAUUGGAAGUCAUGUAAUGCGAUGGUGAUGUCUUUCUGUCUGUAAUAAAUAAAUCAGAUACAAAAUUGA